GAUCUGUUCACCAAAAGAGGAAAUCCCGUCUUUUUCUCGCAGCUCCUCAUCUCCGCUCGUGAGACAGAGAAGUCGACUGGGUUUUGGACCAUGGCGGGUUAUUAUGGGAUGGCGGUUCUGGUGGGCGUGGCUUUGCUUCUGACGACCGGCCAAUGUGAUGUGAGCUGCAGAGGGACGGACGGCCGGGCUGGAGAGGCAGGAGCUCCGGGUAGAGAUGGAUUUCCUGGAGUGAAGGGAGAGAAAGGAGAGCCAGCUGUGAUGGACAACGGUCCGGUGGAUGUCGGCGUCCUGCUGAGGCUACGGGGGGAGGGGGGGAGUCGAGGCCCUCAAGGGGCCAUGGGUCCUAAAGGUUACCGCGGACAUCUGGGAUCAGCAGGUGACCCUGGAGAGCCCGGUCGCCCCGGCCCCGAGGGGAAGAGUAUUGGCCACGGAGGACAGCUCUCCCGUCAGCAGGGUCAUUCAGCCUUCUCAGUGAUCAGGACUGAAAGCAGUUAUCCUCCCUACGGCCAGACAAUAACCUUCCAGACAACCGUGGUCAACACACAAGACGACUUUAACGCAGCCACAGGUCACUUCAUCUGCCGAGUACCUGGCAUUUAUUACUUCACCUUCCACUCUGUGGCCAAGGUCAGCGUGUGUCUUGGUAUCAACAGUGACGUUCUGACAGACAAGCUGGGAUUCUGUGAUUACAACAGGAACACCGAUCAGGUGAUGUCGGGCGGCGUGGUCUUACAGCUGGCGGUCGGACAGAAGGUUUGGCUGGAGUCCUUCAGGGACCAGCAGAGAGACGCUGAAACACGAGACAGCCACGAGAAACGGAUCAUCUUCAGCGGCUUCCUGCUCUUCUAAAAAAAACCCGAGAUUGCCUUUACGAAUUUAGCAUCAAAAAAUUGAAGUUGACAUUUUUCGAAAAAAAAUUCACUAUAACACAGCAUCAUGUACAUCAGUGUUUGUGAAUCUUUAGUAACUUUAGAUUUGUUCAUCUGUUUCCUUCAUAUUAAACCGCCUCUGAAUCUUGACUGUAAAUGCAACUAAAACAAAUUAAAGUUUAUUAUUGAGUGUG